AUGCAAUCCGGCGGGUCGAAAGAUUCUAAUGAUUGGAAGGAGCGUUUUGUCUUCGUCCGCCCCAGGCCAUCCGACUCUUCUCAAGAGAUCUGGUCUGUCAGUAACGAGUGGACUCUGGACACUAAACACAAGCGUCCGAGUGUCGAGACCAUUGAAGAUUUCGCCUGCCGACUUAUGAAGAACAGUCGGAACUGGGAAGAAGGAUGGCUCUCCAAUCCCAGCCUUUCCCAAGCGGGUUUGGACGGCGAGAACUAUGAAGAGGUCUGGGAAAUAUCUUAUUCUGCUAUCACCAAAGGAAUGAUUUUGGACUUCCCUGGGAGUAAGGGCCCUUCGGCACCUUCCGGCAACCAGAGGGUGUUGGAGAGGACUGCGCCUCCCGAGCGAAUUCCAAAGAGCAAGAAGAGUAACAAGAAGAACUCAUUACCGUCCAGGUCGCGAAGGGCGGUGGAGGAAGACCCCGGGACCUUCCAAGAGGCUUCCAAGGGGAGCAUUGCUGGGGGUUCGGGGGACCCAUCUUCCCGUUCGGGGGACCCAUCUUCCCCGCUUCUCCUUUCUCAAACCAGAGACUCUCCGACCGCGCGGCGAGAAGCCUCCACCAUGCCUGCGCGCUUGCCGAUCUCUCCCGAAGACGAUUCGGCGACCAUCGCUCAGGUGCUUGCUGUAGCUCGCGCAGAGGCCCAGAAAAGGCAAACCAUGGCAGCGGGGCGUUCGGAGCUGACGGGAGAGGCUUCGCUGGAGGAGGCUUCGGUGUUGUCGGCGAAGGAGAUUUUAGCGCGCCGGACGAAGCGUCGCAGGAUGGAAGCCGCCUCCCCAGCUGCUGCUCCCUCCGAGCCUUCGGCUCCUGAAGCCACCAAUGCUCCUUCAACGGCUUUAGUCUUACCGGAGACUCUACGAACUCCGAACGAAAUCGACUAUUGCGCUGAAAUUCUAAGGAACCUUACGGAGUUCCAAGGUCUGGUCUCUCGACGAGAGUCCGAACUUCAAACUCGGAUCAUCUCCCUGGAGUCUGAAGUGGAAAGGCUUCGAGGGUUGGAAUCUCUUUCUUCCCAAUUGUCGGGUCUCGAGCACCGUGUUCAUAUUUUAACCAAGUCUGUGGAGCUGGCGCAAGAAGAUGCCCGACUUGCCAACGAAGCCGAAGCUCAAGCUCGGGAGGAUUUGGAGUUGGUCCAGAAGAACAUGCUUGAGGCUAAUCAGGCCAAUUCCCGACUUGGGGAGGAGCUGGAUUCCACUAAGGUUGUUAAUCGCCAGCUUCAGGAGGAUAUAAAAAGACUCACUCUAGAGCUGAAGGAGGCCAAGAAGGGACAGGUCGAAGCGUUGGAGUCUUAUUCCCGGUGCAAAGAAGACAUUCGUACCGCUCAUGCCCAACUUCAAUCUGCCCUCAAGGAUGCCCAAGUGGCUUUUCAGAAUGGUCGAGAGGAUUUCCGAAGCUCUGAAGCUUAUGCCGCGGAAUUAGAAGGAGUUCUUCGGGGUGGGUUUGAGCAUAUGAGAAAACUCAUCAAAGAGCGCUUCCCGAACUUGGAUGUAGACUCCAUCCCCUUCGAUGUUGUCGCCGCCUUGUCUUCUUUAGAGUAG